AUGCACGCCUCUGCAGCUUUCUUCGUCGCCCUUGCUGGCUUUGCGACUGCGCAAUCGACUUCGAGCGUGCUGCCAGUUUCCGGCUGUGGUGAGAGCAUCGACUUGAUCAUUCAAUCUUGUCUCGGCACUACCCAAGCACAAUACAACGCAUGCACUCCUAACGACUGGAGCUGUCUCUGCGAACAAGCCAACAAUGUCCUGACCUGCUACAACAACUGCCCCAGCGCUCCUCAGCGCUUCGGCUUCGAACAGACCAAGGUCGCCCAAUGCAAUGCCGCGAGCGCGUAUGUUCAUCCAAGUUCAGCAUGCAACUGA